AUGACUACAGGGACGACUGAUAAUUCAUCGAAGGACCAACAUCACCAUCUUCCUCAUUUACAUCCAAACAUCAUCAAAGAUAGUUCGGCUGGUGGAGCAGGAAUUAUUGCUGGUGAAUUGGCUGCUGAAGAUGAAGGUCUUAUCAGUAAUGCUCAAUUAAAAUCUCAUUCAUAUGGUGCCAUUCAAGCUUCAUCCAGUGAAGAUACUAUCAGUUCAGCCGAUGAUAAUGGUGGUUAUGCCUUACCCAAACGUCAAUUAUUCACUGUCAUCUCAUCUUUAUUCAUGGCUGCUUAUUUGGCUGCUUUGGAUAUGACAGUGGUUACUACUUUAUUAACUUUAAUUGCAUCUGAUUUAAAAAGUAUUUCAAAUAUAUCUUGGAUUGCAACUGCUUAUUUAUUAUCUUGUUCAGCCUUCCAACCUUUAUUUGGUAAAUUAUCCGAUAUCUUUGGUAGAAAGAAUUUAUUAAUGUUAUGUUGUGCCUUCUUUGCCGUGGGUUGUAUGAUUUGUGUUACUGAUUCAUUAUUCUGGUUAGUAAUUGGAAGAUUUGUUACUGGUAUUGGUGGUUCAGGAUUAACUUCAUUAGGUACCAUUACUAUGUCUGAUUUAAUCCCCUUAAGAGAUAGAGGAUUUUAUCAAGGCUUAGCUAAUGUAUUCUUUGGCUUAGGUUCAGCCUCAGGUGGUAUGGUUGGUGGUUUAAUUGCCGAUUAUUUCGGUUGGAAAUAUGUAUUUAUUUUACAAGUCCCAUUAGCUGUCGUUCUUGGUGUUUCACUUUAUUUGAAUCUUAAUUUACCUGAAGGUUCACCUGGUUUAGGAGCUCAUGGAGUUGAUAUCAGACAAAAAUUAAAAAGAGUAGAUUUCUUAGGUUCAUUCUGUUUAGUAAGUUCUUUAAUGUUAAUCUUAACUGCCGCUUCAUUAGGGGGUAAAGAUAUUCCAUAUUCUUCAAACACAUUCAUUGCCCUUGUUUCCACCUCAUUCUUCCUUUUAGGUGCCUUUGGUUAUGUUGAAGCAUAUGUUUCAGAAGAACCAAUCAUUCCAAUCCACUUAUUAGCCAAUAGAACCAUUUUGGCAUCAUCAUUAACUAAUUGGUUUUAUACUAUGGGAAUUUUCACUUAUUUAUUCUAUAUCCCUGUCUACUAUACUUCUGUCAUGCAAUUCACCGCUACUCAAAAUGGAUUAAGAUUAGUUCCAAAUUUCUUUGGAGUAUCCAUUGGAUCCAUCGGAGCUGGUAUUUACAUGCGUAGUACCGGUAAAUAUUAUAAUUUCACCAUCGCAGUAGGGAUAUUAUCAGUAAUUGGAGUGAUUAGAAUCUUAUGUAUUAGUCCAGAGAUUCCAACUUGGGAACAAUUUGUAUUGUUAUUACCUUCAGGUUUAGGUUAUUCAAGUAUGUUGACUGUAACAUUAUUAUCAUUAAUUGCGGCAGUCCCAGCUAAAUACCAAGCUUGUACAACUUCAAUCCAAUAUACUUUUAGAUCGACUGGUUCGACUUUAGGUGUUGCUAUUGCCUCUGCCAUUUUCCAAAAUUUAUUAAGAUCAAAUUUAUAUACUAAGAUUUAUGCAUUAGUUCCUGAUAAAGAUGAAGCCGCUGAGAUUAUCGCUCAAGCUUUGGCCAAUACAAAUUAUUCAAACCAUGCUCCUACAGCCUUAAUCAAACAAGCUAUUAUUGAUUCGUAUGCAAAUGGUUGUAGAGGGGCAUUCUGGUUUAGUGUUAUUACUGUUAUUGUGGGUUUUGCCACUUCAUUGUUCAUGAGAGAACAUAAAUUACAUACCAGUAUCAAUAGAGAUUAG